GUCUCUCCGCCCUCUCUCUCUGGCUCCAGCACCUCCCUCAACUCCCCCCUGACUCCCAGCCAUAUGAUAUGCAUCUGCAACAAUGGAGCUAUCAACCAUAGGCCUCCAGUGCUCCGCUCAACUCUGCAACAGGCUAGACUUCCUUCCGUUCAAAUGUAGCGCUUGUCUGUUCGUCUUCUGUCUGGAGCAUAGGACGCCCUCGUCGCAUGCAUGCGCCAAAUGGACCGAGAAGGACAAACACCUCCCCGUCUGCCCUCUCUGCUCAAACAUCCUGUCCUCCACCCCCGGUGUAUCCGACACCGAUAUCUUGAACGCCCACCAAUCAUCAAAAUGCACCACGCACAUCACACCCACGAAACCGUCCGAGAAGAUCACAUGUGGGAUGCAUGGAUGUGGGAAGAGGGAGUUGUGGGGGGUCAAAUGUCGGAAAUGCAGCCAUGCUUUUUGUUUACAACAUAGACACCCCUCCGCACACGCAUGCACAGUCCUCGCCCGCGAACUGACCGUGAAGAAGGAAAAGGACGACGCGUUGGCGGGCGUGACGGGGACGAAGCGGACGGGGGGGACGAAAGUAGGGGGGGCGUCGGAUGCAUCGGGCAAGAAAACGAAAUUGAGCCCGGCUGUCGAGUUGAUGAGGCUCAAGAUGCACGCCAAGGGCGACGCAUCCAUCCCCGUCCCAUCCCGCACAUACCUGUCGAUCACAUCCACAACCGAGCCCGCCCUCUCCACCCCGACACCCAUGUUCUUUCAUAAAGACUGGACGGUUGGGCGGUGUGUGGAUUAUAUCGCCAGCGCACUCAAGAUUACCAACGUCAACAAUACCGGGAAUAGAGAGAGUUUGCUUGCGCUCUAUGACGCGGAGGGGCGGAGGCUGGGGAUGGGGGAGAGUGUGGGGACGGUGGGAAGUGGGAGGGGGGUGAGGUUGGAGAGGGGGGUGAUGGAGAGUGUUGAUGUCGAGACAACACCGUGAGAGAAUCACUCCAUCGAAUGUACUGUACGUGAAGUGUGAGCGAAACUUUGUGUACAAGUUGCCAUCAUCGGCGACGCCUCAGGCAGAGGUACAAUGAUGUGGAUGGCAGAUAACCACCACGGAAAAUAGUAUGGGGUGAAAAUUCUAGACUACCGGUUACGGGAGAAUGCGUCUGGUCUGUGGCCAUUGCCAAGCACCACCGAGCGCACAAUCAAGAG